CUCACUCAAACCCCAAACUCCUCGGCUCUUUUAAGAAUACACAAAUCUCCCUCUUAUUUGAAAAACAACAUUGCAAUGGCUUCCUUCAAUACCUUCAUCUUGACCUUCUUCAUGGCUCUCACAUUUUCAAGCAUGGAAUUAGGCCUUGCAACUCGUCAUCUGCAGCAGCUGUUGCGACAACCACAACUGUCUACAUUACCGACUCUGCCAAAUGAGCUGCCACCAUUGCCAUCUGUUCCAAUUCUCCCACAGCCCACAAUUCAAUCAUCUGAUCUGCCUCUGCCUUCCCUGCCUCACCCCAGUUCUCUGCCUCUGCCUUCCCUGCCAAACCGCGGUGCUGUGCUGCCUCCACUUCCCAGCAUCUCCUCAUCCCUCCCAAAAGUCAGUCAGCCAUAGCUUCCUUCGCUCCCUUAAUUCCUCUCCUCACCCCACCACUUGCAAAUUAUAAACCAGUUCUUGAAAUAUUCUCUUCUGUCCCCUUUGUUUGUUCACAUUCUCUGGAUCGUACUAAUAGUUUUGUUGUGCUUUUGAAGAUGCGCAGGUUCUUAUAUAUGGUGAUAAAAUUAGUUCAGAAUAAAAUGAAGCCAUUUAUGGAGGAGCGGAGUUUUUUUAAUAUUGAAGACUCAUCCCUCUGUUAAUGAUUAAAAGCAGUAGAUUUUAGGAAGACGAACUACACUACAACAUUCUAAUAUUAGUUGUUGGAUGUGUGUCCAACUUCAAUAGAUGUCUUAGUUCUUU